AUGGGAAAAAUAUGGGAAAAAUAUGGGAAAAACGCAAAUAUGGGAAAACGCAAAUAUGGGAAAAACGCAAAUAUGGGAAAAACGCAAAUAUGGGAAAAACGCAAAUAUGGGAAAAACGCCAAUAUGGGAAAAACGCCAAUAUGGGAAAAACGCCAAUAUGGGAAAAACGCCAAUAUGGGAAAAACGCCAAUUGGGAGAAAUGCCAAUUGGGAGAAACGCCAAUUGGGAGAAACGCCCAUUGGGAGAAACGCCAAUUGGGAGAAACGCCAAUUGGGAAAAACGCAAAUAUGGGAAAAACGCAAAUAUGGGAAAAACGCAAAUAUGGUAAAAACGCAAAUAUGGCAGAAGAGAAUUUUGUGGCAUAACGUGACUAGAAGAGGGAAUCGGUUCAUGAGUAAUGGGAAAAACGCCAAUAUGGGUAAAACGCCAAUAUGGGAAAAACGCCAAUAUGGGAGAAACGCCAAUAUGGGAGAAACGCCAAUAUGGGAGAAACGCCAAUAUGGGAGAAACGCCAAUAUGGGAGACACAACAAUAUGGGAGAAACAACAAUAUGGGAGAACCGCCAAUAUGGGAGAAACGCCGUUAUGGGAGAAACGCCAAUAUGGGAAAAACGCCAAUAUGGGAAAAACGCCAAUAUGGGAAAAACGCCUAUAUGGGAAAAACGCCUAUAUGGGAAGAAUGCAAAUAUGGGAAGAAUGCAAAUAUGGGAAAAAUGCAAAUAUGGGAAAAAUGCAAAUAUGGGAAAAACAUAAAUAUGGGAAAAACGUAAAUAUGGGAAAAACAUAA